CUCAGCCAUGGCCUCGGGCGACACCCUCUACAUUGCCACGGACGGCUCGGAGAUGCCAGCCGAGAUCGUGGAGCUGCACGAGAUAGAGGUGGAGACCAUCCCGGUGGAGACCAUCGAGACCACGGUGGUGGGCGAGGAGGAGGAGGACGACGAAGACGACGAGGACGGCGGCGGCGGCGACCACGGUGGCGGGGGCGGCCACGGGCACGCUGGCCACCACCACCACCACCACCACCACCACCACCACCCGCCCAUGAUCGCGCUGCAGCCGCUGGUCACCGACGACCCGACCCAAGUGCACCACCACCAGGAGGUGAUCCUGGUGCAGACGCGCGAGGAGGUGGUGGGUGGCGACGACUCGGACGGGCUGCGCGCCGAGGAUGGGUUCGAGGACCAGAUCCUCAUUCCGGUGCCCGCGCCGGCCGGCGGAGACGACGACUACAUCGAGCAGACGCUGGUCACCGUGGCGGCGGCCGGCAAGAGCGGCGGCGGCUCUUCGUCGGGCGGCGGCCGCGUUAAGAAGGGCGGCGGCAAGAAGAGCGGCAAGAAGAGUUACCUGGGCGGCGGGGCCGGCGCGGCGGGCGGCGGCGGCGCCGACCCGGGCAAUAAGAAGUGGGAGCAGAAGCAGGUGCAGAUCAAGACCCUGGAGGGCGAGUUCUCCGUCACCAUGUGGUCCUCAGAUGAAAAAAAAGAUAUUGACCAUGAAACAGUGGUUGAAGAGCAGAUCAUUGGAGAGAACUCACCUCCUGAUUAUUCUGAAUAUAUGACAGGCAAGAAACUCCCUCCUGGAGGGAUACCUGGCAUUGACCUCUCAGACCCUAAGCAACUGGCAGAAUUUGCCAGAAUGAAGCCAAGAAAAAUUAAAGAAGAUGAUGCUCCAAGAACAAUAGCUUGCCCUCAUAAAGGCUGCACAAAGAUGUUCAGGGAUAACUCUGCUAUGAGAAAGCAUCUGCACACCCACGGUCCCAGAGUCCACGUCUGUGCAGAAUGUGGCAAAGCGUUCGUUGAGAGCUCAAAGCUAAAACGACAUCAGCUGGUUCAUACUGGAGAGAAGCCCUUUCAGUGCACAUUCGAAGGCUGUGGGAAGCGCUUUUCACUGGACUUCAAUUUGCGCACACAUGUGCGAAUCCAUACCGGAGACAGGCCCUAUGUGUGCCCCUUCGACGGUUGUAAUAAGAAGUUUGCUCAGUCAACUAACCUGAAAUCUCACAUCUUAACACACGCUAAAGCCAAAAACAACCAGUGAAAAGAAGAGAGAAGAGCUUCUUGACCCCGGGAAGCUUCUUCAGGAGUAUGAUUGGGAAUAAAUAUGCCUCUCCUUUGUAUAUUAUUUCUAGGAAGAAUUUUAAAAAUGAAUCCUACACACCUAAGGGACAUGUUUUGAUAAAGUAGUAAAAAUUUAAAAAUACUUUAAUAAGAUGACAUUGCUAAGAUGCUCUAUCUUGCUCUGUAAUCUCGUUUCAAAAACAAGGUGUUUUUGUAAAGUGUGGUCCCAACAGGAGGACAAUUCAUGAACUUCGCAUCAAAAGACAAUUCUUUAUACAACAGUGCUAAAAAUGGGACUUCUUUUCACAUUCUUAUAAAUAUGAAGCUCACCUGUUGCUUACAAUUUUUUUAAUUUUGUAUUUUCCAAGUGUGCAUAUUGUACACUUUUUGGGGAUAUGCUUAGUAAUGCUGUGUGAUUUCUCUGGAGGUUGAUAACUUUGCUUGCGGUAGAUUUUCUUUAAAAGAAUGGGCAGUUACAUGCAUACUUCAAAAGUAUUUUCCUGUACAAAAAAAAGUUAUAUAGGUUUUGUUUGCUAUCUUAAUUUUGGUUGUAUUCUUUGAUGUUAACACAUUUUGUAUAAUUGUAUCGUAUAGCUGUAUUGAAUCAUGUAGUAUCAAAUAUUAGAUGUGAUUUAAUAGUGUUAAUCAAUUUAAACCCAUUUUAGUCACUUUUUUUUUCCAAAAAAUACUGCCAGAUGCUGAUGUUCAGUGUAAUUUCUUUGCCUGUUCAGUUACAGAAAGUGGUGCUCAGUUGUAGAAUGUAUUGUACCUUUUAACACCUGAUGUGUACAUCCCGUGUAACAGAAAGGGCAACAAUAAAAUAGCAAUCCUAAAGAAAGAUUAUGGCAGAAAGAGAUCUGUAAGCACAGCCUUAUUUUCUUCUGUUGUCCAGAAUACUUAUACUUCUUGAGCCUCCCAGAAAUUGGAAGCUAAAUAAAGCAACUCGAGUUUCCUUUAUUUUGCACUCAGUGACAGUGACUGUGAUGAGAUUUGUGCACGGACACUUAGUAUUUCCUACACGUCCUGAAUUCUGAAAGAGCAGACAGGAGGCACCCCGAGCUAAGGAACUACCUCAGAGCACACCAGAUGGCCCGUGGCGACAGGAUUGCCCUUGAUACCUGGUGCGUGUGGGAGUGGUGCCUUUGCGUGGGGCCGGAUGCUUUCUGAAAGGAAGGCACCAACUGGCAGUGGGUGCACCAAGGGAGGAUGGGCCUUCCCUCUUCCUCAUCACUCAGGCUGCCUUCAGUGGCAGUGGCUCCUUGGCUUGUCCAACAGGAAGUCCCAGUGCAGUCCUUACUAGAUGCUAGCAGAUGUAGCAGUUGAGUGCCAGUAGCUGUUUGAUGCUUGUAAACACACUAAGUGCAGAGCGGCAAGGCGAUUAGAUUAUUAGAAGGUUGUACUCAGUGAGUACUUGUCAUGUUGUGACCUCUUCAAUGUAUGAGUAUAAUUUUUGAACUUUAGGGUCAAAUACCGGACUUGUUAAAUAUUUUAUAAACUGCCGUGAUACAUCAAAAUCUCAUUUAUUCAAAAUGCAAACCUAACUGUCUGUCUUUCUGUGCUGAAUGCUUGACUACAAGGUAAAAUGACAAACCAAUAUCAGAUUAGUCAUAAAGAGGUGGGGAGACCAAUCAGCCGAACACUUAGCCCGAUUUCUUACAGCCUCACCAGAAGGAUCGGUGACCUGAGAACAGUGGCCCCAUGGCUCUGGAAUUUUGAAGUGCCUUCUGAACCAUACAUGGAAAUUGUAACUUGGGACACUUGUUUUAUUUGUCCAGAAUCUGUUAUCCAGUGGGUAUUUGACGGGACUGAGCUCAUCAGCAGACCCAGCUGUGCUCUGGAUGCCAGGCUUUGCUGUGCUUGGCAGUCAGGAGAGAGGUAAGCCUGGAGAGUGCCCCUUCCGAGCCAAGUGCCCCCGUGUGCUGCUCCUCCAGGCCUGGGCACAGCUUCUGGCAGUGCUUUUGUGAGCACCCAGGCCUUCGCUCCCUACCAUCAGGUUGAGCAUUCCCAAAUGCCCUGCAGUAGGAGUCCAGAGCCAUGAUGCCCUUCCUCUCCCAAUGUUGUGCUGCCCUUGAGCCUGGCCCUGACACUUCUCAAGACCCCUGCCCCAGGCUCCACAGCAGAGCAGAGCUGUGCUGUGGGAAGCCCUGCCAGCCACCCUGAGUCAGGCCCGUGUGUGGAGCGAGGCCUCAUCCUCUGUGCCUUGAUCCCUUGGGAGAUGCCCUGGGCUCUCUCUCCUGUCCCUUCCUGUCCAAGUGGAGCAGUCAUCAUCGUCUUCGCCCUUUCUGUGUUGGCAUCGUUUUCUCUGUGCAGUUCACUUCUGUUAGGAGUUCACUUUGGGUUCAAACACAGCUUGGUGUGCAGGUCCUCACUGACUGCACUUUGGGCUUAGGACAGCAGCAGAGGGAACUAACAUUGAAUGGCAGUGGCCAGAAGAAAGCUGCUUCUCAUUGGCUUUGGCUUAAACCCAUUCUGCUUGUUAGAAUUUAUAAUUUUGUUAUAGAUGUAAUUUACUAAAAUUUGAAAUGGUGUUCUAACAGUAAGUCCAUUGUCUAGAGACUUAAUCUGAUUUGUAAGUAAUACUGAUAGACAUAUUUUCUUACAUCUGAGCAGAAAUAAAUGCAUGUUUUUAGCAAAUGUAAUGUAAAAACUCCAGAGGAUAAGUUUACACCCAAUAAGAUGUUGUUUUCUAUUUUUGAAUUUGUUAUUUGCCCCUCUUUGGUAGUGGGGUUGGGGGCAUAUUAUCUAUACAGAGCUGUCACUCCAGGGUGACAUUUAUUUCCCUCAGAGAUGCUGAGCUCACGCUGUGCUGGCCCCGUGUACUGUGUGUACCUUGCCGGGACCAGGCCUGAGGAGCUGAGGAAAACCAAGACUCCUCCCCCAUCCCCCCAAUUUGGUUUCCAUGCACAGGUUUGUCUGCCACUUGUUUUGCUAGGUUUGGGGCUGUAAAACCGUUCGAGGGGACGUUGUGUGCAAUGCCUGCCCAAGUUUCUAGGCAGCGUUAGAGCUUAUGUCUUCACAUCGAUAAGAACCUAUUAUCAGUGCGGUGUGCGGUGCUCCAGGGGUGAUACGGUGCUGCCCUGGCUAGCGCCCACCCACCUUCCCACUCUCCAGGACUCACCUGUGGUCUAACCCUCAGAUCACUCACACUAGAGUGAACAUCUUAUGACCCAGGGAGUCUUGCUCUCUAGUUUGACCCACUCCCCACUAUUGGCAGGGACUUGGACCACUUCUGUCUUUCCUCAGUGCUCCAGAAUUGGCAUGAUUUAGUCAGUCUGUAGUGUUUUGUGUUUUUCUUUGUCAACAUCUGGCCUACAGCAAGAGCGGGGACUUCAGGGACAGAACAGGGAGGUGAGAACAGAGUUGCCAGUGGGUGGGUGCCAUGACUGUUAAAAGGCUUUGGCCUAAGCCAGCCCUUUGGCUAGGAUGUUGUUUGAAUCUGUGGCCGUAAGAGGGCCCACUGUCUGACUUGGCAGCCCUUUGGUAUUAGUGUGACUUGAGCAUCUCUUCCUGAGCCCAGGCCCAGUGGGUCCUGGCACUUGCACUCUAGCUGAUGAUAGGAACUCAGAACUCCAAAACAUAAGUGCUUGCUUGCAGCACUUCAUGUCCUGUGCUUUGGCUGGUCAGAACAGAAGAUACUCCAUGCUUCAAAUCACUCACCUCCCAGUAGCAUUGACCAUGUCUCCAAAAUAUUGACCUUUUCUCAGAGCUUGUUUCUGCUCUCUGAGGCUCAGGUGCCUUGUUUGUCUCAAGAUGGCUAAGUACAGGUCCUUCAGAUGAGUGGCACCAGCAGGAGAGGGUAGGUGUGUGGUCAGGAGGGUUUCUGUCAUCAUCUUCAAUUAUAAUCGGUCACUACAGUGUCAGGAAGAUCACCCUCCAGCUGGGACAGUAUGUAAACUCCAUAGGGAGGUGUGGGAGGUAGUUGUGAGCAAACGUCACUCCGUCCCUUAUAAAACCAGUAAGGGAGCGUUGGAAUGGAAUGCUGUCAGGAGGUCGGCAGGCAGGCUGCACCCCUUUCUGGAGACCUUUGAGGAAGUUGUAUUAAUGGGCAGCACACUGCUUGACAUUCCACGGAGUUUAUGAUACUACUUACGGCCACUCACACCCUAAGAAAUGACAUGGGGUAUGGGCGCCCGUGCUGGUUGUCCGCCUCCCUGCCUGCAGCCACGUGUCUACAUACAUAGCCUAAGGGAGGGGGAAGUCAUCAGUAGCAGAGCCACCAGCUGUUAGACCGAUGUCUACAAAGGACAGGAAAAGUUGUUGUUUUCUGGGAACUGCUAUAGGCCCUGGCUCAAGGACUCUGCAUUAUGUGUCAUGUACAUCUUUUAAGUGUUCUUUGCUGUUCUGGAAUUGUCCUUGGUUUUUCCUUAGCUCAUAGAUCAUAGACACAGAAAUAUUAUAGUAUUUAAAGCAUUCGCAUCAAGCAUCAGAUGGCUUCGCAUCCAGAAAAACAUGAUAACUCAGUUUGAAGCACCAAGCAUGUGUAACAUGGCUCUAUACAAUACAAUAAAUGCUAAUGUUAAGCUUUUUAA